AUGUCUAGCGACGAUCAUUAUGACCCUAAUCGGUCGCAACAAGGCGGUCAAUACGAUCCAGCCUAUCAAUAUGAUCAACAACAAUACAACCAACAAUAUGAUCCAAAUGUAGCCGCCUAUGGACAAGAAGGAUACGACCCAAAUUAUCAGUAUCAGCAACAACAACCACAACAAGGUGGAUAUUAUGACGAGCAACAAUAUGGAGGUGGUCAAUAUUAUCAAAAUCAACAAGGGGGUGGUUAUUAUGAUCAACCAGGACAACACGAUCCAGAAUCCUAUUCCGAUUUCUCCUAUGGUCCAGGUGGAGUUCCAGGUACUCCUUAUGAUAACGGUAAUGGUAAUGGCGGUUAUGGUGCAAACUAUACUCCUUCUCAAAUGAGUUAUGGAGAUCCAAGAUCUAGUGGCGCUUCAACCCCUUAUUAUGGUGCAGGUGCGAACGGAAUGUAUGAUCAAGGCAUGAUUGCAUUGCCAACCGAUCCGUAUCCUGCAUGGACGGCCGACAAUGAAGCACCAGUGACAAUUGAACAGAUUGAAGAUAUUUUCAUUGAUUUGACUAACAAGUUUGGUUUCCAAAGAGAUUCUAUGAGAAAUAUGUUUGACUAUUUCAUGGUUUUAUUAGAUUCAAGAUCUUCAAGAAUGACACCAGCACAGGCUUUAUUGUCUCUACAUGCCGACUAUAUUGGUGGUGAUGCUGCCAACUAUAAGAAAUGGUACUUUGCUUGUCAAAUGGAUAUUGACGAUAGGGUUGGUUUUGCUAAUAUCGAUCUAGGUAAAAUCAAAAACUCCAAAAAGAAAUCAAAGAAAUCCAUCUUCAAAAGAAGCAAAAAGAACAAGGAAGAACAACCUGUGGAAAAUUCCGAAAAUGUCUUGCAAGAAAUUGAAAAUGAUGAUUCGUUACAAGCAGCAGAUUAUCAAUGGAGAGCCAGAAUGAAUAUCUUGUCCCCAAUGGAAAGAGUCCAGGAUAUUGCCUUAUGGCUUCUGAUUUGGGGUGAGGCUAAUCAAGUUAGAUUUACUCCAGAAUGUCUCUGUUUUAUCUACAAAUGUGCUAAAGACUAUCUUUUAUCAGAUCAAUGUCAGAAUAGACUAGAACCAAUUCCAGAAGGUGAUUAUUUGAAUAGAGUCAUCACUCCAAUAUAUCGUUUCAUUAGAGAUCAAGUUUAUGAAAUUGUUGAUGGCCGUUUUGUAAAGAGAGAAAAUGACCAUAAUAAAGUUGUUGGCUAUGAUGAUGUCAAUCAAUUAUUCUGGUAUCCUCAAGGUCUGGCUAGAAUGCACGUUGGUGAAACAAGAUUAAUUGAUUUACCCCAAGAAGAAAGAUACUUUCAAUUGGGUGAAAUCGAUUGGAACCAAACAUUUGUUAAAACUUAUAAAGAAACAAGAUCUUGGUUGCACGUUGUCACCAAUUUCAAUAGAAUCUGGGUUGCCCACAUUUCUGUUUAUUGGAUGUACUGUGCUUACAAUUCCCCCUCCUUAUAUACACACAACUAUGUCCAAGUUUUGAACAAUCAACCUUUGGCUUCCUCCAGAUGGGCUUCUGCUACAAUUGGUGGUGCUGUUGCCUCUGGUAUCAAUAUUCUGGCUACUUUGUUUGAAUGGAUGUAUGUUCCAAGAUCUUGGGCAGGUGCUCAACACUUGACAAGAAGAUUGGUUUUCUUGAUCAUCCUCUUUGCCGUUAAUCUUGCUCCUGUCAUCUUUGUCUUUGCCUAUGCCGGUUUAACUUAUAAAUCCACUGCUGCAUUGGCCGUUUCCAUUGUGUUCUUUUUUGUUGCCGUUGCAACUAUUGUUUACUUGACUGUCAUGCCUUUGGGUGGUCUGUUUUCGUCAUAUAUGAAGGGCAAUUCAAGAAGAUAUGUUGCUCAGCAAACUUUUACUGCAUCGUUUGCUCCUCUUCAUGGCUUGGAUAGAUAUCUAUCUUAUCUGGUUUGGGUUACUGUUUUUGCUGCUAAAUUCUCCGAAUCUUACUACUUCCUUAUUUUGUCCAUUAGAGAUCCAAUUAGAGAUUUAUCCACAAUGACUAUGAGAUGUCAUGGUGAAAAAUGGUGGGGUAACAAACUUUGUAAACAACAGGCAAGAAUCACGCUUGGUUUGAUGUAUGCAACUGAUCUGAUUUUGUUCUUUUUGGAUACUUAUAUGUGGUACAUUAUUGUCAACACUAUCUUCUCCGUGGGUAGAUCCUUCUACUUGGGUAUUUCCAUCUUAACUCCAUGGAGAAAUAUCUUUUCUAGAUUACCAAAGAGAAUCUAUUCUAAAGUUUUGGCUACAACUGAUAUGGAAAUUAAAUAUAAACCAAAGGUUUUAAUUUCCCAAGUUUGGAACGCCAUUGUGAUCUCAAUGUAUAGAGAACAUUUGUUGGCAAUUGAUCAUGUUCAAAAAUUGUUGUACCAUCAAGUUCCAUCCGAUGUUGAAGGUAAGAGGACUUUGAGGGCCCCAACCUUCUUUGUCUCACAAGAUGAUAACAAUUUUACUACUGAGUUUUUCCCUAAAGAUUCUGAAGCUGAAAGAAGAAUCUCCUUCUUUGCCCAAUCAUUGGCAACCCCAAUUCCAGAACCUUUACCUGUCGAUAAUAUGCCAACUUUCACCGUUUUCACACCUCAUUAUUCCGAAAAGAUCUUGUUAUCCUUGAAGGAAAUUAUUAGAGAAGAUGACCAAUUCUCUAGAGUUACUUUAUUGGAAUACUUGAAACAAUUACAUCCUGUUGAAUGGGAUUGUUUUGUUAAAGAUACCAAGAUCUUGGCUGAAGAAACUGUUGCGUUUGAAGAUGAAAAAGAGGAUGAUGUCAAACAAGAAAUUGACGAUUUGCCAUUCUACUGUAUUGGUUUCAAGUCUGCUGCACCUGAAUACACCUUAAGAACAAGAAUCUGGGCUUCGCUAAGAUCUCAAACUUUGUAUAGAACUGUUUCUGGAUUUAUGAACUAUGCAAGAGCUAUCAAGUUAUUGUAUAGAGUCGAAAAUCCAGAAAUUGUGCAAAUGUUUGGCGGUAAUGCCGAAGGUCUAGAAAGAGAACUAGAGAGAAUGGCAAGAAGAAAGUUCAAAUUUGUUGUUGCUAUGCAAAGAUUGGCCAAGUUCAAGAAGGAAGAAUUAGAAAAUGCCGAAUUCUUACUAAGAGCUUACCCGGAUUUACAAAUUUCUUAUCUUGAUGAGGAACCUCCUUUAGAAGAAGGUGGUGAACCAAGAAUCUAUUCUGCUCUGAUUGACGGUCACUGUGAAAUCAUGUCAAAUGAGAGAAGAAGACCUAAGUUUAGAGUUCAAAUUUCUGGUAAUCCAAUUUUAGGUGAUGGUAAGUCUGAUAACCAAAACCACUCUAUUAUUUUCACCAGAGGUGAAUACCUACAAUUGAUUGAUGCUAAUCAAGAUAACUAUCUUGAGGAAUGUUUGAAGAUUAGAUCUGUUCUUGCUGAAUUUGAAGAAUUAAAUGUCGAACAUGUCAACCCUUAUGCACCUACUCUGUCCAAAGAACCUGUUAAAGUCACUCACCCAGUUGCCAUUGUUGGUGCAAGAGAAUAUAUUUUCUCUGAAAAUGCGGGUGUUCUUGGUGAUAUUGCAGCAGGUAAGGAACAAACUUUCGGUACAUUGUUUGCUAGAACUUUAGCGCAAAUUGGUGGUAAAUUGCAUUAUGGUCACCCUGAUUUCCUUAACUCUAUAUAUAUGUUAACCAGAGGUGGUGUCUCCAAAGCACAGAAAGGUUUACAUUUGAAUGAAGAUAUUUACGCUGGUAUGACUGCAAUGUUGAGAGGUGGUAGAAUCAAGCAUUGUGAAUAUUAUCAAUGUGGUAAGGGUAGAGAUUUGGGUUUUGGUUCCAUUUUGAAUUUCACUACCAAGAUUGGUGCCGGUAUGGGAGAACAAAUGUUAUCUAGAGAAUAUUACUACUUAGGUACGCAAUUACCAUUGGACAGAUUUUUCUCUUUUUACUAUGCCCACUUAGGUUUCCACAUUAAUAACCUGUUUAUUUCUACAUCUUUGCAGAUGUUUAUGUUAACUUUGGUCAAUAUCAACUCAUUAGCCCAUGAAUCCAUUGUCUGUAUCUACGAUAAGAAUAAGCCAAUUACUGAUGUCUUAUAUCCACUAGGUUGUUACAAUUUAGCUCCAGCAAUUGAUUGGAUUAGACGUUAUACAUUAUCCAUUUUCAUUGUCUUCUUUAUCUCGUUUGUUCCUUUGGUUGUUCAAGAAUUAAUUGAAAGGGGUAUUUGGAAAAUGUGUUACAGAUUUAUUAGACAUAUUAGUUCUCUAUCUCCAUUGUUUGAAGUCUUUGUUGCACAAGUCUAUUCUACUGCUUUGAUUAAUGAUGUUUCCAUUGGUGGUGCGAGAUAUAUCGCUACUGGUAGAGGUUUUGCAACUUCCAGAAUUCCAUUCUCUGUUUUGUAUUCCAGAUUUGCAGAAGGUACUAUUUAUGUUGGUGCAAGAUGUUCUAUUAUUUUACUAUUCGGUACUAUUGCACAUUGGCAACCAGCAUUAUUAUGGUUCUGGACCAUCAUUGUUGCAUUGAUGUUCUCGCCAUUUGUUUUCAACCCUCAUCAAUUUGCUCGUGAAGAUUACUUCAUUGAUUACAGAGAUUACAUCAGAUGGUUAUCUAGAGGUAAUACUAAGUGGCACAGAAACUCAUGGAUUGGUUAUGUUAGAUUAGCCAGAUCUAGAGUUACUGGUUUCAAGAGAAAGACAAUUGGUGAUGAAUCUGAAAAGGCUGCUGGUGAUGCACCAAGAGCCCACAGAACUACCGUCUUAAUGUCCGACACUAUUCCAUGUGCUAUUUACUGUGCAGGUUUAUUUGUUGGAUAUACUUUCAUCAAUGCCCAAACCGGUGUUCGUGAUGCAAAGAUGGUCAAUGCGACUUUGAGAUUGAUUAUUUGCGCCUUAGGUCCAAUUGUCAUUAACUGUGGUGUCUUAUUUGUUACCUUGGGUAUGUCGUGCUGUUCCGGUCCAUUAUUUGGUAUGUGUUGUAAGAAAACAGGUGCUGUUAUGGCAGGUAUUGCGCAUGGUGUUGCCGUCAUCGUUCACAUUGUGUUCUACAUUGUUAUGUGGGUUAUGGAAGGUUUCCAUUUUGCGAGAAUGUUGCUUGGUUUAAUUACCAUGAUUUACAUCCAAAGAUUGAUUUUCAAAUGUAUUACCCUGUUUGUUUUGACUAGAGAGUUCAAGAACGAUCACUCCAAUGUUGCGUUCUGGACAGGUAAAUGGUAUGGUUCUGGUUUAGGUCUUGCGGCUUGGUCCCAACCAUCAAGAGAAUUUUGCGCAAAGAUUAUUGAAUUAUCACAUUUUGCGGGUGAUUUUGUUUUAGGUCAUGUUCUAUUGUUUUGCCAAUUACCUCUUGUUUUAAUUCCAACCAUUGACAGGUGGCAUUCUAUGAUGUUAUUUUGGUUGAAGCCAAACAGACAAAUCAGACCUCCAAUUUAUUCUCUGAAACAAGCUAGGUUGAGAAAGAGAAUGAUCAAGAAGUAUUCCGUCUUAUACUAUACUGUUUUAGUCAUUUUUGUUGCCUUGAUUGCUGCACCUGCUGUUGUCGGUGGUUUGAAGAAUGUCAAUGUCACACCAACUGAUUUGCCUGAGUUCGCCGACGGUUUAUUCCAACCUAGACAUCAAAAUAACAAUGAUACAGGUUUUGGUUCUGGUUCAUACCACCCACACUGGACUACUACCACUUCAUUGGUUACUUUCUCUACUAAGAAAUAA